AUGGAGGAUGUAAUGACAAUAACGCCCCUGGGAGCAGGACAGGAAGUUGGAAGAUCCUGUCAUUUGCUCGAGUUUCGAGGCAUGAAAAUCAUGCUUGAUUGUGGAAUUCAUCCUGGCUAUGAAGGAAUGAAUGGUCUUCCCUUUCUGGACCAAGUGGAGCCCGACCAAAUUGAUGUGCUGCUGGUGACGCAUUUUCAUCUUGACCACGCUGCCUCCCUUCCAUAUUUGACAGAGCGAACAUCUUUCAAAGGGAGAAUCUUCAUGACGCACCCAACAAAGGCUGUCCUGAGACUUCUACUUGGUGACUACAUUCGUUUGUUACAAUCCAAAAAUGCCAAGCCAGAAGAUGUGUUGUAUACAGAGGCAGAGCUUCAGUCCUGCAUUCAGAAAAUUGAACUGAUAGACUAUCACACAACAGUAACAAUGGGGGGUCUCGGCUUUCAUGCAUUGAACGCUGGUCACGUGUUGGGUGCCUGUAUGUUUUGGAUGGAUAUUGGUGGACGGACGGUUCUGUAUACUGGAGACUACAGUAUGGAGGACGAUCGUCACUUAAUGGCUGCCGAAUUACCUGAGAAGAAACCAGAUGUUUUGAUUUGCGAGUCUACCUAUGGAGUGCAAGUUCAUGCCAGUAAAGCAGAACGAGAAGCACGUUUCACUGGUACAGUAGAAAGAAUUAUUUCUCGAGGCGGACGAUGUUUAAUCCCAGUUUUCGCACUGGGUCGAGCGCAGGAAUUGUUGCUAAUUCUUGAUGAAUACUGGCAAGAAAACCCACACCUUCAAAACAUUCCAAUUUGGUAUGCAAGUAAGCUUGCAUCCCGUGCACUUCGUGUGUAUCAAACCUAUGCGAACAUGAUGAAUGCCAGGAUAAGAGCACAAAUGGAUGUCAGUAAUCCAUUCAGCUUCAAGUAUAUCCAGAAUUUGAAAUCGAUUGAUGUCAAUAGCUUCGAUGAUUCUGGCCCAUCGGUUGUGUUCGCGUCGCCAGGUAUGCUUCAAAGCGGAGUGUCACGUCAACUGUUUGACCGCUGGGCUACAGAUCAAAAGAAUGGGGUCGUGAUUGCCGGUUAUGCUGUGGAACAUACGCUUGCAAAGGAAAUUAUGAACCAACCAAAAGAGGUCGUCACAAUGGAAGGAAGACGACAGCCACUCAACUGUCUUGUGGACUAUGUCAGUUUUUCGGCCCACGUGGAUUUUGUCCAAAAUAGAACCUUCAUCACACAAGUGGCUCCAAAACACAUUAUCCUCGUCCAUGGCCAGAAGGAUGAAAUGGGACGGCUGAAGAGUGCUUUGCUGCUGCAGUACCGCCAGUUGCCGGAGAACAAAAGACCGACCAUCACAAUGCCACCGAAUCUUCAAACUGUUUCACUCAAAUUUGCCCGGCGUGUCUCUGCCAAAGUCAUGGGAAGUUUGGCAAUGCGUGAGUCUGAGCCUGUCAAAGGAGAAGAGAUAUCAGGCAUUCUGGUCACCCACAAUUUUCAAUCUAAGAUUGUCAAACCGGAAGACCUUGCGACUUAUACCCCACUAAGACUUGGAUCAAUUACUUCCAAGCUUCAUGUUCCGUUCGCUGGUUCUGUUGAAACACUUAGGCUUUUUCUCAAAGAGAUGUUUAUGGGUGUGACGGAAACUCAACUGGAAGCCGAGGACGGAGACAACGAGGUUGUCCCCUUCAAGUUUUCCCUACACGACAAUAAAGUGUCGGUUACAGUCGGAAAUAGGAAGGGUAUUGCGGUUGUGGAAUGGGAAGCUAGUCCUGCUGCCGACGUCAUUGCUGACGCACUCAUUGCUUUACUAAUGCAUGCACAAAGCAGUGCUGCUUCGAUUCGACUAUCGAGUCAACCGCAUCAUCAUCCAAAGGCUGAUAAUGACGAACCUUCUGCAAAGAAGCAACGUUCCAAUGAAGAAGAUCUAACCGAAAAUCGACUAAAGCUAAUCAAGGGAAUUCUGAAAGAUCAAUUUGCAAAUGUUGAAGCAGUCUAUGAAGGAAACACCGGUACUUAUGAAAUCACAACCGACUGUGGGCUGGAAUCCAAAGUUAGCGAGGAAGAGAAAUUGGUGUGCACCGUCAAAGUCAACUUUGACGACGCGUCUGGAUCUUAUGCUGAAAUUUCGGUGGAAUGCGAAGAUGAGAAGCUGGCAACAAAUGUUAGAGAAUGCUUAAGGAAUCUGACAGUUGCUUUCGCACCAAUUAAGGCACCUUGA